AUGAGCGUCAUGGCAAACAACUCUACGCAUUUAUUCACGGUUUCGAGUGAUGUUCUUAUGGCUUCGGUUAUAUUUAAAUUCAUCGCAAUGGGCAUCGGUGUAACGGGAAACAUUGCAGUCGUAAUUUGCAACAUUUUCGUGGAAAAAGAACGGACAGCGACUUCGUAUUUGAUAGGAAACUUAGCACUGGCAGAUCUUCUUACUUGUUUGACAUUCUACCCAGUAUGGAUUGUUGAGUUCAUAAAAACUAUAUUGGAAGUUGAAAGUGAUCAGAAUUUGUUUUGCAAGUUAAGUCGGUCCAGCAGUUGGAUGUUGUUGUUUGUUUCCAUAGCAACUCUCUUCGCCAUCACCCUCGAUCGUUAUAUAUUUAUUGUAAAACCUUUAAAGUAUCCGAUCCUAGUGACACGCCAACGAGUUCUUCCAGCUAUUUUAGGAAUCUGGGUAACUGGUUGCGGUAUAUUCGCAUUGCUUGGAUUGAAUUAUCGAACCUACCCAAGAUACAGAAGCUUAUGUUACGUUUCAUACGAUAUCGGUUGGUCUACAACAAUUUUUAUCGGCUACAUUCCACUCAUCUUAUUAUUUAUUCUCAAUUUCAAAAUGUUAACGGUUGCACGGAGACAACGAAGACGCAUCCUUGCUGAAACUACAACAGUUGAUACAGAUCACACUGAUGAUCGGGAGUUACCCAACACAAGUGCAUCCGGUGUACGUCGUAUUCUUCUCGCUUGGAAAGGAGUUAAAACAUUCUUUAUUGUAAUAGUAGUGUUGGUUAUUUGUUGUUUCAUACCAACCGUGGUUGGGAGAACAUUACUCUAUAUUUGCAGUGAGACGUGCCAGCAGGUGUGGUACGUAGUUGUCAAUUAUGAACUUUAUGGAAUAAACUCGAUUGUUAAUCCUUUUAUCUAUGGGAUGAGGCAUAUAAAAUACAGAAGAGCAUAUGGACACAUUCUUUUCAAACUGUUUGGUUGUAUAUAAUGAAGUAUAUGUAGAACAUAAAGUUUUUCAGGCGGCGAAGUUACACAAUUGCAAAUGCUGUGCAAUUGCAUAUUUUACUUUUCAAUUGUUCAAACCUGUAGAAAUAUGUAUUGUCCUUAGACUAUCUAAGCGACGUGUAUUUGCAUAGCAUGACUAUAGUUACCAUGGCUAACUUCGUUACUGAUUCUUUUCAGUUUUCAAAUCAUUUCACUGUGUAUAGGCCUAUAACGAGGCAUAUAAAAUAUAGAAGAGCCUACGGACACAUUCUUCUGAAACUCUUUAAUGUGUGUAACGAGGCAUUGGAAGAGUCUACAGACACAUGUACAUUUUUCAAACUCUUUCACUGUGUAGGCAAUUAGAAGAGCUUACGGACACAUUCCAAACUGCUUCGCUGGGUAGCGUUAUGAUUGUUAGCAGCAUUUGAAAUGUGGGCCCUAGGGAAAACACUGAUUGAAUACAUCUUGGAGGAAGGAAAAUUAACGACGAAAGAGUCCUGUAAAUGAAAAAAGGACAACAAUUGUCAAGUUAAAGAAGCUCGGCUACUUUGUAUUAUUAGAACUAUUAACUAUGUUUAGUAUUGGUAUAUGGCUGGACAUUAGCAAACAUAUUUGUGUAACGGAUGAAGGGGCAGAUGAAGGAUCGGAAUAAAUUUGGAAAAUAUAUACUUGGCCAGGCAUGAACUAUAAAAGAUGCAUGAGAAAAUUGAUGGCGUAUACCGUCAUCAUGUAUCGUAUAAAUGAACAAAUGUAGGUGAGUUAAGACACCAACGGUGACUAACAGAUAUUAUUCCAAAGUAAAUUUGCCCGCCGUGCCGGGUAAGGAUGGAAUCGGUUCCCGAAUGUGAUAUAGGGAUGGAAUAAGUACCUGUUAAAAUGCACGUAUUAAUGAAGUAUACCAUCACCAGCAUAAUACGAAACAUGAAGCGAAACAAGCUGUGAGGGAAAAAGCUAUGGCUGAGAAGCACGAAGCGAUGAUCGAGAGCGCCUUUCGUGACUGGCUGCUCGUCAUAUGUUCCAUUUAUAUUUUUCCAUAACAUGUUGUAAGUGACCAUGCGAUCACAUCUUAAUUCCCUGUUAGCCAGUAUUAAUUUUAUUGUCCCAUGGUCGUUUUGACAUUAUAUAUUAAAAUCAUCCGAAAGCCUUGAAUUGACGAUUUCGAUAACAAACCUUCUUAUCAUUUGUAGUCGUUGCUUUAAUCUGCAUAAAUGUGUAAAACUUUACAUGUGCUUCAAAAUGAUCUAAAAUUAUGCUUUAUGUAAAAUUAUACAAAGAUACUGUAUGAGAGUGAUGUUUUUGCAAUAAUCGGUUGUAUAUUUACAUUUAUUAUUUGCUACAGUAUAUACCAUGAAGAUAAUAAAUGAAAAAUAUAAAUUAUUUGUCUUUAACUUAAGCUUUAGCGGAGCAAUUUAGAUCAAUAUUUUCUUCAUUUCCUUAUUUUAAUUUUGUGCAGUCGAAAGUUCUCGAUGAUGUAGGUAUUAUCUAUUAGUUAUUUUAUUUUAAUUUCCAUUCUUUUUCACAGCUGGCUUUGGGGUGAGUAAAUAAGUAAAUAAGUGGGGCUGAGCUGAAUUGGGAAGGACGCAGCUCAACCUGAUCAGGACGAAGGCUUCCUAAGGGCGCCUCUAGCUUGGACCUUAUGAGUCAUAGGGAGAAACCGAAUUAACCAGAGAAAACCAAUGACUUUCGGUAAAACGUUGAGUGACUUUUUUCACACAACUGCAGGGGCGUAGGAAGCAUCAAAAGAUUGGGGGGGGGGGCACCGGCUUCCAGGGGCACGUUAGGAUAUUGAAAAGGGCAUCGAAAAAUUUCCCCCCGAAAUGUUGGCGACGGGGGGGGGGGACGAAUUUUCCGGUCAUACCGUAGCCAAUAUAUACAGUAUAUACCAUGAAGAUAAUAAAUGAAAAAUAUAAAUUAUUUGUCUUUAACUUAAGCUUUAGCGGAGCAAUUUAGAUCAAUAUUUUCUUCAUUUCCUUAUUUUAAUUUUGUGCAGUCGAAAGUUCUCGAUGAUGUAGGUAUUAUCUAUUAGUUAUUUUAUUUUAAUUUCCAUUCUUUUUCACAGCUGGCUUUGGGGUGAGUAAAUAAGUAAAUAAGUGGGGCUGAGCUGAAUUGGGAAGGACGCAGCUCAACCUGAUCAGGACGAAGGCUUCCUAAGGGCGCCUCUAGCUUGGACCUUAUGAGUCAUAGGGAGAAACCGAAUUAACCAGAGAAAACCAAUGACUUUCGGUAAAACGUUGAGUGACUUUUUUCACACAACUGCAGGGGCGUAGGAAGCAUCAAAAGAUUGGGGGGGGGGCACCGGCUUCCAGGGGCACGUUAGGAUAUUGAAAAGGGCAUCGAAAAAUUUCCCCCCGAAAUGUUGGCGACGGGGGGGGACGAAUUUUCCGGUCAUACCGUAGCCAAAAGUGCACGUUUUUGAUCAAAUUUUUUAAAAAAACAUCGAAAUUUCCAAACCGAAAAAGGGCACCUUCGAUGUUAAUUUAGUAUUUACAACGACAUUAGCAUGUACAAAAAGGGCACUUUUGAUCACAAAAAGGGCACUUUUAGUCCUUUGAUAACAUUUGGGAGGGGGGCACGUUCCCCCUCUGCCCCCGGUUCCUACGCCCCUGAACAAUUGUCAAGAUUUAGCCGCGUGAAUCGUACCACGGUUAAUAGAAGGAAAUCUUCUAUUAACCGUGAUCGUACUCACGAUCUCAGGCAUGAAAGGCGAUUACUCCAGCGAUAGUGGCACCAAAGGAGUGUUAUAUUUUCUUACAAAAAAUUAUGGUGUUGCAAGAUGGUGCAGUGGUUAUAGUGUAACACACUGUGUCUUUCACUUAUGUUUGUGAGCAGGGUUCCAUGGAAUCCGCCCCACCCCCCGGCAGAUCAAUUUCGCCAUCUAGGGAAAGAACGUUCUAGGAGGGGGGGGGGGGGUGUCCUAGGAUGUUCACCGCCGUUAGCACUUGUUUCAUUAAUGAAAUUGUGUUCAAAAUCAAUUUUUUGAAUGGACAUUUGACUAACCUAAAUCGGUCGGUUUACAUGUCCGAUCAUAAAAAACUUUGAUUGAGGACAAAAGGUAAAAUUUGGUCGGACAAUGUCCGAUGACCGACACUAAUUUGCAGCACUGGUUUUCCUACUAAAUAGUUUAUGUUUCAAAUAUUAUUCUGUACGUGAUGAACUAACCCAGGCAGUCCAUACCACUUUAGUAUUAGUCGUUAGCGAAAACUACUAAACGACUCCAAAUUAUUUUAGCUUUCCUACGGUGGUUGACAAAGAAAGCUAUCAACUCGGCCAGAUUGAGAUACAUUCUUCACAGUUAAAGUUAGCUUUCUGCUGCAAGUUUAGAUAAUUAGCAUACCCCAUGCGCUAUUAUUCACUCUUUCACUGCAGGUAUUAUAUACGGAUAAACCAGUGGUUGUGUGUUCCCCAACUGGAUCAGGGAAAACUGUUGUCUUCGAGUUAGCUAUAAUCAGACUGCUUAUGAACUUCCCUGACCGAGCAGAAAAUUUCAAGAUUGUUUAUAGUAAGUAUUGGUGGGUUUUAAUAACCGUUGCAGGAUGUCAGGUGGUGGUCAACAUUAAACUUGUUGACACAGUAGAAAAACGUAAAUUCUAGGGGCCCCCAAUAAUUUCCUCGUCCAGGAUUGUACUUGUUUGCAUGCUUUACUUCUUUCUUUCUUGCACAGGGAAUGGCAAUCAUCCGUAAUAGUUUCUCGUUACAUCGAUUCUCUCAGAAAUCGCGGAAAAUGCUCAUCGGCGUCGAAAACGCCAAAUGUUCAAGUUUUCUACUGUUUAUCAUGUUUUCAUUGACGUUGGCGUUGUAUUUGUCAAACCCACCAACAAAGAGCUAUUAACUAUAUUGAAAAAAAUCAUAUUUUACAUAAUAAUCAAUAUGGAUUUAGACGCAAUCGAUCAACCACAAUGGCAAUUAUCCACUUAACUGAAAAAAUCAAAAGAGCAAUUGAAAACAAUGAAUUUACGAUAGGGAUAUUUUUGGACUUGUCAAAAGCAUUUGAUACAGUAAAUCAUAAAAUUUUACUACAAAAAUUAGAUUCAUAUGGCAUAAGGGGAAUGCCUUAUAAAUGGUUUCAAAACUAUUUAACUGAUCGAGAACAAAUAGUAAAAUUCAAUAAUAUAUUAUCAAGAAAAGAAAAAAUUCAGUGUGGGGUACCACAAGGUUCUGUUUUAGGACCACUAUUAUUUUUGUUAUAUAUAAAUGAUAUAUUUAACUCAAGUAAAUUAACAUCAUUCAUAAUUUUUGCAGAUGAUACAAAUCUUUUCUAUUCUGGGAAGAAUAUUGAACAACUAGAAUUAGUUGUAAAUAAUGAAAUUAAAAAAAUAUCUGAAUGGUUUAAAAAUAAUCAAUUAACACUUAAUAUAAAAAAGACGAAUUACAUAGUAUUUAAAUCUAAGAAAAAGAAACUUAAACAUGAAAUAAAAAUAAAAAUUGAAAAUGAUAAUCUUGCUCAUGUCAAAAAUACGAAAUUUCUAGGAAUGAUAAUAGACCAACACUUAACUUGGAAUGAUCAUAUAAACUAUGUAGCUAAUAAAAUUGCCAAAACAACUGGCAUACUCAACAAAACACGCAACUUCCUAAAAAGAGACACAUUAACAACAUUAUACAACACACUAAUUUACCCUUUUCUAUAUUACGGUAAUGCAGUUUGGGCAAAUAAUUAUCCCUCAAAACUAAAAAAGAUUCUCAAAAUACAAAAACGAGCAGUUAGAAUCAUCACAUUAAGUUCAUAUAAUGCAAAAUCGGUACCACUUUUUCGAAAAACAAAACAGUUAAAAAUUGUGCAACUUAACAAACUAUGCAUUAGCCUUUUUAUGUACGAUUACGCAAAAGGAAAUUUACCUACCUUUUUUGACAACUAUUUCACUUUGAAUAGCGAAAUUCAUAAGCAUAAUACAAGAAGUACAAAUUUGAUCCAUAAAAAAGGCAAUAGAACAAAUUAUGGAAAAUUUUCAAUAAAAUAUACGGGAACAGAAAUAUGGAAUGGAAUACCAAAAAAAAUAAAAGAUUCAUUUACAAAAAAGAAAUUCAAAACGGAAAUGAAAAUAUAUUUGUUUUCUCAAGACAAACUAUAACGUCAUGUUAUAUAGAAUAAAAUUAGAAACAAUGAUUGGUGUACACUAGGGAAUAAAAAACAACUUUUAGAGUACGAUUAUAUAGAAUGUAUUUAGUAAUUGUUCCGCAUAUAAUUUAACUAUAUGUACUCCAAUUGAACUGAUGAACCGCAAUGUUUACCUGAUAGAUAUUAGAAAUAGACAUAUAUUAACAUUAUAGCUAAGUAUUAUCUCAAGGAGGACUACUCGCAAAAGCCUUUUGGGUUUAUUAUAGUCCUUCUUCCAAAUAUGUAAACAUAACUAAAUAAUAUAACACGGGAAAUGUAAUGUACUAUAAGCAUACUUGGAAAUAAAUUCAAUUCAAUUCAAUUCAAUUUGCUUUCAACGGCUGCAAGCAUGAACAGACUGUAAGCUGUGGAUUGAACUAGCACAAUUUGUUUAUUGCAGUGGCUCCUAUGAAAGCUCUAUGUAGUGAAAGAUACGAAGACUGGUCGAAGAAGUUUGGUCCAGUUGGGAUGACUUGUAAAGAACUGACUGGAGAUAGUGAAAUGGAUGAUUAUUUGGAAUUACAAGCUGCUAACAUCGUUAUGACAACCCCCGUAAGUAUUAAGUUGCAUGCUUUCUGGUGA